AUGGCCGAUCCAGUCCUUCCCUAUCCUUUUCCCAGUAAUGUUCAUGUCCUAAGUUCGGUAACUAUCAAGCUCAAUGAUAGCAAUUACCUGUUGUGGAAGACUCAGUUUGAGUCUCUGUUGUCGAGUCAGAAGCUCAUCGGGUUCGUGAAUGGUGGCUUAACAGCUCCUCCGGAAACCAGUCCCCUCUACGAGUCAUGGUUCUGCACAGACCAGCUGGUCCGUUCGUGGCUCUUCGGUACCUUGUCAGAGGAAGUCCUCGGGUCUGUGCACACUCUCACUACAUCUUGCGAGAUCUGGCUAUCCCUCACUGAGAACUACAAUCAGAGCUCCCUUGCUCGUGAGUUUGGCCUUCGUACCAGCCUGCAAUGCUUGAAGAAGAAAGAUCAGACCUUUAUGACUUAUUGUCGCGAGUUCAAAGCAUUAUGUGAUGCGUUGAGUGCUAUUGGGAAACCUGUUGAAGAAUCUAUGAAGCUGUUCCAGUUCCUGAAUGGUCUCGGUGAUGAAUAUGACCCUGUCGCUACAGUCAUCCAAAGUUCCCUCCGUAAGUUUCCCAGACCCACUCUCAAUGAUGUCAUCUCUGAGGUCCAAGCUUAUGAAAUGAAGCUCCAGAGCCGAGAUCAGACUGUGAGGGAGACGGCUCACGUUGCUUACCAGACACAAUACACUGGCCAGAACUAUGGUCGAGGUCGUGGACGCUUUGGUCAGAACCGUGGUCGUGGCAGCUACUCCACCAGAGGCAGAGGCUUUCCUCAACAUCAGAGCUCUCAACCUCCCUCUGGAGACCGUCCCACCUGUCAGAUCUGCGGACGAGUUGGUCACACUGCGUUGAAAUGUUACAAUAGGUUUGAUAACAACUAUCAAGCCACAGAAACGGCUAAAGCGUUCACCGCUCUUCAUGUAGCAGACGACAAGGAGUGGUACCCUGACUCUGGUGCCACGGCACACAUCACUUCGAGCACCACGAAUCUCCACUCGGCUACACCUUAUGAAGGAUCAGACACGGUAAUGGUCGCUGAUGGAGCCUUUCUCCCAAUAACACAUGUCGGAUCCACUGCUCUUGCGUCACCCAAUGGUAUGAUCCCUCUGAACGAUGUUUUAGUAUGCCCUGCCAUAAAAAAGUCUUUGCUGUCAGUCACAAAACUAUGCGAUGAUUAUCCCUGUGGUGUUUAUUUCGACUCUACUAAGGUGUGUAUUAUUGACUUACCCACUCAGAAGGUGGUGACAAGGGGUCGAAGGCGUGAUAGCCUCUAUGUGCUUGAGGAUCCAAGCUUUCAAGUGUUCUUCUCCAAUCGUCAUUGUGCAGCUUCUGAGGCGACGUGGCAUCAUCGACUUGGACACUCGAACGUGAAGAUCCUCCAGCAUCUGAAAAACAGCAAGGAAAUAGUAAUUAAUAAGAGCGGAUCAUCCUCCAUCUGUGAGCCUUGCCAGAUGGGGAAGAGCAAUAGGCUUCAGUUUUUUAGUUCAGAUUCUCGUGUUUUGCAACCUUUAGCCAAGAUCCAUUGUGAUCUAUGGGGUCCGGCACCUUUUGUAUCUACUCAAGGUUUUAAAUACUAUGCAGUUUUUGUUGAUGAUUUCUCAAGAUAUGCGUGGUUUUAUCCGUUGAAAACAAAGAGUGCUUUUACAUCGGUGUUCAUCUCGUUUCAAAAAAUGGUGGAGAAUCAAUUCGAAGACAAGAUUAAGGUUUUUCAAAGUGAUGGAGGUGGUGAAUUUAUGAGUCUGGAGUUCAAGAAAUACCUGGUGGACUCGGGGAUAAGACAUCAAGUCUCGUGUCCUUACACUCCUGAGCAAAACGGAGUCGCAGAGCGGAAGCAUAGACACAUAGUUGAGCUGGGUCUCUCGAUGCUAUUUCAUAGUCAAGUGCCUUUGCAUCACUGGGUCGAAGCGUUUGCAGCAGCCGUGUUUGUUAGCAACAUGCUUCCGUCUUCGGUCCUAGACAAUCAAAGCCCACAUGAGUGCUUACUUAAAACUAAGCCCGACUAUACUAUGCUACGAGUUUUUGGAGCCACAUGUUAUCCGUACCUUAGACCAGUUGCAGAACACAAGUUUGACCCGACGUCUCUGCAAUGUGUGUUCCUCGGGUACAGCUCUCAGUACAAGGGCUACAGAUGUCUCUAUCCGCCAACUGGAAAAGUCUACAUCUCUCGCCAUGUGAUCUUUGAUGAAGAAAGUUUCCCUUUCAAGGGUCAAUACCGGUCUCUACAACCCACAUACGAGACUCCUCUGCUUCACGCUUGGCAAGUUGGCCAUCCAAAUACAACCACAGAAGCACCGGAGACAAGGAUCACUCGCAUUCUGGUCCCUCCAUCACCAGCAGAGACAAUCCAGGUUCCUGAACAUGAAGGAGAAGAGUUUGGGAAUCAAUUGGAAGAUGUUGAAGUAGAAGAUGCGGUUUUCAUACAACCAGCUAAUCAACACUCAAUGACGACAAGAGCUAAGGCGGGAAUUCACAAACCUAACACGAGAUACGCUCUUGUUGCUCUAAAGAUGAUUCCACCAAUUCCUAAGGACAUCCAUGAAGCUCUUAGGCACCCUGGUUGGAAUCUCGCAGCUAUGGACGAAAUGACCACUGUUCAUAUGCUUAACACCUACACGUUGGUUCCACCUACAGAAGAGAUGAACAUCUUAGGAUGCAGAUGGGUUUUUACGACAAAGAUGAAACCAGAGGGAGAGCUCGACAAACUGAAAGCACGAAUCGUAGCUAAAGGAUAUGAUCAAGAAGAGGGUGUUGAUUACUUGGAAACAUAUAGUCCUGUAGUAAGGACAGCUACUAUACGGAUGAUUCUGGACGUGGCGACGGCUAAAGACUGGAAACUGAAGCAGUUGGAUGUUUCCAGUGCCUUCCUUCAUGGCGAACUCAAAGAACCAGUUUACAUGAUACAACCUCCUGGAUUUGAAGACCCUGCAAGACCACAUUAUGUCUGUAAGUUGACAAAAGCCCUGUAUGGACUCAAGCAAGCUCCAAGAGCGUGGUUUGAUACAUUCAGCAACUACCUGAUUGACUUUGGAUUUGUCUGCAGUAAAUCUGAUCCCUCUUUGUUCACAUAUCGCAAAGACGGAAGAUCUCUGGUUCUCUUGCUGUAUGUGGAUAACAUCUUGUUGACAGGUAGUGAUGAGACUCUGGUUCAGGAUCUCCUUGUCUCCCUGAACAAGAGAUUCUCUAUGAAAGACCUUGGUCAUCCCAAGUACUUCUUGGGAGUUGAGAUCCAGUCAUACAAAGGAGGGUUGUUUCUUCAUCAAUCUGCCUAUGCAAGAGAUAUUCUUCAUGCUGCGGCUAUGACGGAUUACAAUCCAAUGCCCACGCCAUUACCCCAGAACAUCUAUAAUUUGAACUCGGAAUUGUUCUCUGAGCCUACAUACUUCAGGAGUCUUGCGGGAAAACUUCAGUACCUGACAAUCACAAGGCCAGAUAUUCAGUUUGCAGUCAAUUUUGUGUGUCAGAGAAUGCAUCAACCUACAAUAUCAGAUUUUGGACUUCUAAAACGAAUCCUAAGGUACAUUAAAGGCACGAUCAGCUAUGGAUUACACAUUCGCAAGGAUCAAGAUAUGAGUCUCACUGCAUUUUGUGAUAGUGACUAUGGUGGAUGCAAAGAAACAAGGAGAUCUACUAUUGGUUUCUCUACGAUGCUUGGGUCAAAUCUAAUCUCAUGGUCCGCCAAAAGGCAACAGACAGUUUCCAAAUCAUCAACGGAAGCUGAAUAUAGGGCUCUUCCAGCAGCAGCUCAAGAAAUUACCUGGCUCUCGGCGCUCCUCAGAGAUCUAGGGAUCCCGCAAUCUAAAUCUACACUUCUCCGGUGUGAUAAUCUCUCAGCGGUUUACCUAAGCGCCAAUCCAGCCCUCCAUAGCCGUUCGAAGCAUUUCGACACUGAUUGGCAUUACAUCUGUGAGCAAGUAGCGCUGGGACUAAUUGAAACGAAGCACAUUCCGGCCACCGUUCAGCUUGCGGACAUCUUCACCAAGCCUUUGCCGAAAAAACCGUUCGUUGAUCUCAGAACCAAACUCGGUGUCGGAACGAGUCCCACCACGAGUUUGCGGGGGGAUGAGAGUGAGCAAGCCCAAAUUGUAGAAAGCCCAAAGACGAGGAAGCCCAUCAAGUCCAGCAUCUCUGUUCACAAGAAGACAAACUCAAAAGCAGAACCAGAAAGGGAUACAAGCAGUGGCAGAGGAGCGUCUUUUGUAGAUAGUAGCUUGCCUGAGUGGCCGCAUGAGAAUCCUUUUCAAAAAUAUUACCUCGUGAAGGAAUCAGAGCUGCAAGAAAAUGACUGGAUUCGUCUGUAUAUUGAACUUGCUGUUGCCAUAGUUAAGAACAGGAAACGUAAGGCUUUUGGUCCUCCCAAGUUGGAGAUUGUGAAGGUGGCCAUGGAUGCGAAUGGUGAGGGACUCAAUGCCUUAAAUGCGAUUUUCUACGUACGGUACAAGGACUUGAACGAGGCUGAGAUUGGUAAGGCUUUGGACCGCUUUGCUAUAGUUAGAAGACGCUUCCAUGAGGAUACGCAAUGCUUCAGUCUCGUUGGUCCAAGUUACACAAGAUAUGGACUCUCAAACGAAAGCUCUUCACCUCUAGGUACCUGUGAACUCGAGAGGCAGGAGGAACCAUAUUGCUAUCCGUACAUACACAAUUGA